AUGCACGCCCCCAUCCCCAAGACGCAAACCGCCAUCAUCGCUGCUGAUGAGGAGGGCACCCUUCGCAUCUCGCACGAUGUGCCCGUGAUCGACCUGGAGCCGGAUUCCGUGCUUGUCAAAACGGCCGCGCUGGCCCUCAACCCCGUCGAUUCCAAGAUGGCCAAGGGCUUCGCUGUGCCAGACGCCAUUCUCGGCUUCGAUUUUGCCGGUGUCGUCGUGGCCAUUGGCACCGGUGUUACCAGGAAAGAUCUCAAGGUGGGAGACCGGGUACUGGGCACCGCAGACAGCAUGGAUCGUAAGAGGCCCAGCGGUGGCGGCUUCUGCCAGUACGCCUCGACCGUGGCCACCCAGGCUCUGCGUCUUCCGGAUGACAUGUCCUUCACCGAUGCCGCUUGCAUAGGCACGUCUCUGUCGUCCGCAGGCAUUGCCCUGUUUCGCUCCAUGAAGCUGCCCGGGUCAUUGACCGCGCCCAACACGGCCGCCAAUCCGCCCUACGUGCUCGUGAACGGUGGUAGCACCUCGACAGGCACCAUGGCCCUGCAGCUGCUCAAGCUGGCCGGCUUCCGGCCCAUCGCGACCUGCUCGCCGUCGCACGAGGAGCUGGUCCUCUCCUACGGCGCCGAGAAGACUUUUGACUACCGGUCCGCCGACUGCGCCAAGGACAUCAAGUCUUACACCAAGAACGCUCUGGCCUACGCCAUUGACUGCAUCACCGUCACUUCGUCCAUGAAGCUGUGCUACGAGGCCAUUGGCCGCGCAGGCGGUCGCUAUACGGCGCUGGACCCCUACCCCGAGGCGCAGGCCACUCGCAGGGUUGUCAAGCCCGACUGGAUCCUGGGCUCCACCGUCAAGGGUCGCGGCAGUACCUGGAUGGCCCCUUACGGGCGGGACGCUGACCCCGAUGCGCGUAUCUUUGCUGACGAGCUCUACGCCGGCGCCCAGAAGCACCUGCUCGAGGGCAAGCUCAAGAACCACCCUGCCAAGGUCAUGUCGGGCGGGUUUCCCGGCAUUCUAGAAGGAUUGGAGAUGAUUCGACGAAAGGAGGUCAGCGGUUUUAAGCUUGUAUACGAGGUGGAGCAGUAGUAUUGAGCUUCCGGGUAUAAGGCGUUGAUCAUCCUUCUUUUUUCCUUCUCUUUUCUUUUUUUCCUUUCUUUUCUUUUCUUUUGUUUAUUCCUCAUUUGUUUUACGAGGCUUUUCUGUCAAGGACCUGGACCAAAAGCGGGCCAUUUUGGGUGCUGAAUAGCGAUGAUCUUGAGGCUAUGUGCUGCAGCAAAUUCAUGGGAUGAGUUGGCCGUUGGGCAUAGGAGGCAUCCCUGUUCGCUUGGACUUUUUCCCUUCU